AAACUGUUAUUGAACUCAGUUGGUGCGGUCAUCUGUCUGCAUACUGUUACAUAGAAUAAAAGAUAUUUUGCAAAAAAUUAAUCAAACCAAUAGCAAAACCCGAUUUAGAUCUGAAUGUUACCUUAGUAGAAUACAUGGUAUUUAAUCAACUUUCAACACAAUCUUAAUGUACCCCACCUUCAACACAAUCUUCUGAUACGUGUUUUUAGUUUGUUUUUUUGUUUGAAACCCGGUAGUGACGUCACCAUGACCAGCUUGUACCGAAACCUAGACGUUGACCAAAUGACUCUGUCCAAAGACAGUUAUUCCGAUUUGCCAAUUUUCGAACACAUAGGGCAAAUCCGUAAGUUUCAGAAGCAGCUCCGACAGAGGAACAGCCACAGGUCUGACAGCCGCUACCCGUCCCUGGUCGUAGCGAAUAAAGGACUAGGAAAGUUCUCACUUCACGGUUCUGCAGAAAGUACUGUAAAAAUUAAAAGCAAACAGCCCCAGACCUACUUCAAGAAAAAUGACAUCAGACCAACGUUUCGACCUUUCGCGGAGGAGGUGAUUAAAUUUCGACCUUACUACUUCACCAACGAAUGGAUGGACAAGGACCUCGUGAACCACCGGAAAGAGAUCACUCACUACGUGAAUUUCAUUGCAUCUACGGGGCAUGAGACGAAUUUGGCUAAGAUCUCCUGCAUACUGGCCAUCAACGACCAGAUCUGGGAGCUGAACCGUGUCAUCAACUACUCUAACUUACCUCCCUCAACGGCCCGUGUCCAGUGGAGACAGUCGUUCAUGAGCAAGCAGCCUUGUCUAAUCUUAGUGUACAUUCUGCUGAACAGAUUUGGUAAAGUCAUUGCCUUGAUUAGAGUGGGACCUAAUAAAGCCAUUUGUGUGUUUGAGAGUCUGUCUGGAGUAGAGCGAGCCAUUAACAAUGUUGGAGACAGCCAAGGGAAGCGACUGCUGAUCAUCACUUGGUGGUAUCCGUAUCUACAGAAUCGCUCCGAACGUCUCAAAAUCCAAGAAGAUAAAAAUCUGGCUACCAAUUGGCUCAUACAACAGCAGCGUGGCGCUGCCAGGUUGGACCCGUUGGACAUCAGUUCAACUAACGCUGCCUUGAAGAUGAGCCCGUCUACUGGUUACUUGAACAGACGUGACAGAAAGGGUACGGGCUUAUCUCUACACUUGGGUCAGGAUCGUAAGCCUUGGUUGCGCAAAAAGUCCUUAAGCUCUACAGUGCUAUCAACUGGGCAUCAUUUAGCUACAGACUACAUAUAGACAGCCCAAAUACUCAAUGAAAACGACUAAUGUUUGGUAUAUUGAUGACCCACUGCUACUUCGACAGAGAGAAAGGCCAGACUGAAAAAGACUACCAGAAUAUGUUCUCAAACAUCUUGAAUGCCAUUCUAUAUAUGAUCAUGUUUCUGGGGCUCCGUCCUAGUACCACGUUCGUUCUGACUAUCAUUCAUCAUUAAUAUUAGUUUUUAAACUAUUUCAUAUCGAGUUUCUAGAGUUAUGCAUGUUUUCCUUUGUAUGUCAUGGAACCAAAGUCUAGGGAUUUGUCCCGCUACAAUGACAACAUUGUCAUAAACGUUGCCGGUGUAUCCAUGUGGAUUGUGAGAGUGGAUGUUGGAUAUCGGAACGAAUGCUAAGUUGUUGUUUUUUUUCCGUUUGUUAUAUCCACGCUCAUUAAUCGCUGGGUCUUUUUGUUUAGUUUUGACUUUACUAUGACACGUUUGAGUGAGUACGUUGAAUGAUGAGACAUGACAAUGUUGACACGUAGAGACCGAACAUAACAGUCAGUGUAUGACCGGAAGUGAAUUGGUUAUCGUGCUCAUUCACUGCGAUGAAGAAUAUGCUAUAAUUUCAUCCAAGCAAUACGCUAAUUGAGAUGUGUAAUGAGCGGCUCAGAACGACAUAUCUCUCAGCCUGUUAUGAUUAUUAAUUAAUGUUUGUAAAGGUUUAUAUCAUGAACAUAAAUCUCAUAAGAAGUGAAUGUUGUGGUUAUAGAUAGAACUGUUUAAGAGUAUGUAAAAGCUAAAGUCACCAAAAACAACACAUUAAUCCCCUAUUAUAUUGAUUCCUUGUGUGAUAUAUAAUAGAUAUUCAGUUUAUCUUAUACAUUGAAUAACUCUACGUUUCCUAACAGUAGUUUAAGUUUAUAAGGUUAUUAAAAUGCUCUGCUCAAAACUUUAGUCAGUAUGUCAUUCAACUCUUUGCUUUACUUGACGUAAUGUCAUUUAUAAUACAAGACUCUACUAUUAUAAUUGUGUUUUUUUAUGAACUUAUCUUUUUGUUCUCAUGUACAAAUGAAUGUUAUACUUAGAAGAUGUAUAAUAAACUAUAUAAAAAAAACAACUUUCAGUUUAGAUAAUUAAAUGAAUUUUAAACUUU